UUGAACAUGCAUUUGGGUUUUUUUUUUGUUCACAAUUUAGCCCAAACCCAAAUGGAGCUUUGAGCCGCCGGUGGAAUCAUUGAGAGUUUGAGACUGUGACCGGAGCUGUGAACUGUUCAUCGGACACUGUAACAGUCUCUUCCCGUCCGCGAAGAUGAAGCUGAAGGUUGUCUGUCGGAAAGUCUACGAUUACGUUCGGUACGAUCUCAAGGAAAUCGCCUUCCCUUCCUCGCUCCCCGAUCCUCCUCACAUCAAGAAGCGCCGCAAGUUGACUUGGAACGAGCGGUUUCUCAUAUUAAAGGAGGCUUCUAGGCUUUAUGCUGCAAGUUGGGUUCGAGAUAUAGGUCCUGAGCUUCGGCCAAAUGAUUAUAAGAAGCAUGAGGAACAUGAGGCGAAAAAAGAAGUUAAAGAGAACGAGCCCUCGGUCUUGGAAGAUCUCGCGGUAGCUGCAAGGGGUGGUAUGGAGACGUUAAGGCCUGCUUUACAGCGAAUAUACAUGACACGAGCUUCUGCCUAUAGAGAUGCUCUUAAAAGCUUUAUACAAGGUUACCAAGAGGGUGUUCAACAAGUUAUGGAGAAGAAGGAAGACUCCAAAAUCACAUCAGAUGAAGCUGAUAACUCAAAGAAAGCUACUUGAUCUUGGAUUCUUGGUUGCAUGAAGAAUCCAAGAAAUCAGUUGAUGAUGCAGCCUUUUACAUUAAGACGACCUAUUUGUCAAGUAUCUCAUGUUAAUACCUUAAACAAACCUCUCUUGCUCAAGAUUACUUAAGAAAAAUUAGCUUUGGAUGCUUACCCAGUAUUCGUCAACACACUACUAGGUGCAAAUUUUCUUGAACAGGACACCGAUCUUAUCUCUCAUGGGGUCUUAAUCCUUUCACAGCUUCUUCAGAUUAUAUUUUUUAGGAAUCCUGCAAGGCAGAAGCUCGCUCAUGACAGGGUUUUCUAUCUAGUUUUGUCAAGUGCUGUGGCUGUUGGUUGAAGUUGCAGAAUAAAUUGUUCCUUUGAAACUGGAAAAGAGAAAGAUGGCCUGCCCUUAGAAACUGCAAAAAGGCAAAGACAUCAGAUAGAUUAAAGCCUCUCAUGGAAAAGUAUCUACAACCAGUACUGUACUUUAGUCUUGUAUGAUUGGAACCUCCACUGCAGGACUAGGACCCCAAAUGCAAGGCCUUUGGGCAUCUUAACUGGCCAAAAGCUUCUUCGAACGAGCGAUAAUGGCUCAUGUCUGGGGGUCCCUCUCCCACUUGCCGAAGCCACUAAAACAAUGGAUAUGGGGGGAGAUCAUCGGGUUGAGGUCAACCAGUAAGCUCCUCCCCUGAAUCUUCAUGGGCCCCUGAGGAUCACCUGCUGCUAAGUAUGAUCACCAAACAAAAGGUAACUUGACCAGGUUUGCAUAUCUGUGUUUAUAUUUAUUUCUGAUGUCAUGUCAAUAAAAUGCUUAUUGCCUUAGAGGAGCACUUAUUCACUGCACUCAAAGUUGGAGCAUGUGGCCAUAACCCGAAAGCCUUGUAGAAUAUUUGAGCAGAGCUUUUUGUCUAAUCAAUGUUGUGUGUUACUGCUUAGAAACCAUUUGCUGAUAGGUUCAGCAAGUUUCUUUCAUGUAUCCACUUAAAAAAAAUAGUGGUAAUGUGGCCAAAUAGGCAAAUUGCUAUUCAGUUUUUGUCUAAUGCUCUUUCAUGGAGUCAGUUCUCGAGCCAGUUUGGCUAUAGACAUGGCGAUUUCAUUCAGAACCCGACUAUAGAUUCCUUGCAAGAUCUAAUAUCAUUUAGAAUAUUCAGGUUUCCAUUUCAUUGAUUCUCUGUUUUGUGAUUGCAAUCUUGAGUCCUCUCACCUGGGAAGAUUCCAGAUUACUGUUUAUGGCAUUCUACAAUCUUUUUUGGAUAAAGCAUGACUUGUAGUACAAAGCACAUACUGAAGUCAUUUGAUGAGAUACAUACAAAUGAUGAAAAACCAAAGUGGUCUAGCACUCAGGCCUGGUGAGUGAGGAGGGUCCAUUCUGUUUGAUAUAAAUCUCUCUGUGUUUUUUUUCCUUUUAUCAUCACUGAGGAUAUUUGAUCUCCCCCUUUGGCUGCACAAUCCUUCCAAUGAUUGUUUUCUUUAUCCGGAUAAUACACCCUUCUCAUAUGUGCAGUGAAGUCUUGAAGGGCACUGAAGGAAUCCACCGCCCAAAUGAUUUUAGAGAAAAACAAAAAACAGAAGCUUCACUGUUCAUCUGACCUUAGUACAUGGCAUAAGAUUCAUCUUAGUGCCCCAAAGUUUCUUCCUUUUUUUCUUCUUUUUGUCAAGAUUCAUGACUUGAUCAUGUUUUCAAUCUGUUUUUUUUUUUUUU